UAGAGGCAGUGAACGACUUAAACAUUGGCUGUCUAGCUGUAUUUUCCCACUCGUUCACUCGAUUGUCAAGUCACUUCGGUCUGGGAAUACAUUCGUUCAAGAUUACAAAUACUGUUUAACAUUAAUACAAUGGAUUUAUUUUUUUGUUGAAAAAUUAUUUUAAUUAUUUUCAUAAUACAAAUAGUUUUGCGGUGAAAUAUUUUUCGGUACUUUAAAUUUUGUAAUUGAUGGUUUUGAAGUAUUGGAGAAUUUUAAAUAUUUUUGUAAAGAGAGAAACGGUAUUAGUUAAUGCACUGUGUUAAUUUUCUGCAAGGAGUGUUGGAUUAUUAUAAUAGAAGUUAAAAGAUUGUGAGCUGGAUUAUUUUGAGUGCAGUAAUUUUGACUUUAUUUUGAUAUUAAUUUGGAAAUUUAUCAUACACUAAAAUGAAUUGCUGAACUUGAAACUGCGCUAAAAAGAAAAUCAAAGACUGCAGAUGACAUGUAGAUAAUGUUCAGGAUGACACCAGGUUUGACAGAGAUUUUACUAAAGAAUGUGUGAGCCAAGGAGGUGUUUUGUGUCCUUCUUUAUUCUAUUGUGGAUUUUAGUUUUAUCUCACAGUUUGGAACCAGUCUUGGACAGUUUUCCGAGAGAAUUCGACUUCAGAUAUACUUCAUAUGAAGAACUGAUUGAGGAAGCUCCAAUAUUUAACCAUGAGGAUUUAGUUGGGUUUACACUGCUCACAGUAGAUGAGGGAAAUGACCAGCUGCUGGUGGGGGCACGGAACAGUAUAUUCCGUCUAUCACUGGAUAACCUAGACCUUAUUGAACAUGCAGAAUUUAAAUCGAAAGAAUUUAGUUCAUGUAUGGACAAAGGAGAGUCUGAGGAAUCGUGUCAUAACUAUAUACGAGUUCUUCUGCUGCACAAUUACACGAAAGCAGCAGAUGCGGCAGCCAAGUUUGACAAUGCUGUAUUUGUUUGUGGGACCAAUGCUUUCUCACCCAUCUGUCAAUGGAGACCAGCAAACAAUUUAACGAAGAUCAUUGAAACUAGUAUAGGAGUUGGUGUGAGCCCGAAUGACCCCGGACAGAAUUCUACAACAAUUAUCACAACAGAGGGGGAUAUUUAUGGGGCCACACAUAUCGGGACCGGAAACAGGGACCCUGCUAUUUAUAGAAGCAAAGGAUCUGAUUCAAAUGAGUUGAGAACUGCUCAGGCAAAUUCAAAAUGGCUAAAUGAGCCAGAUUUUGUGUCUUCAUAUGAAAUAGGAGAUCUUGUGUACUUCUUCUUCCGGGAAGUUGCUGUAGAAUACAUUAACUGUGGAAAACGGAUGUAUUCAAGAGUGGCGAGGCUGUGUAAGAAUGACGAAGGAGGAAUGUUUGAUAAUACAUGGACAACUUUCUUCAAGUCACGAUUAAAUUGUUCUCUUCCUGGAGAAUAUCCGUUCUAUUACGAUGAACUACAGGCAACAUUUCUUCUUGACGAUGGCUCCGAUAAAUACAUUUAUGCUGUAUUCAAUACUCCAAUAAACAGUAUACCUGGAUCUGCAGUGUGUGUAUAUAAUAUCUUAGCAUUAGAUAAGUCAUUCGCUGGUCCGUUCAAGUAUCAGGAAAGUCCUCGUUCUGCGUGGGAGCGCCAUGAACAACCUGAAAAUGGUCAAAAACCUCUUACACAGUGUCCGGAGAAGAGGGAUCAUACUAAACGGUCUAAUGACAAACCAAUGACUGAGUCCAAAUAUCAGUUUAUGGAUGAGGCUGUACAACCAGAAACUACGAUACCUUUAGUUCAUGCUGAUAAUGAGAGAUGGACACAUGUAGUAGUAGACAAUGUUAGAGGGAAGCAGGGUAUGUAUAGAGUGGUAUUUGUGGCUACAGCAGACGGCAAGAUACGUAAACUGACAACAUUAUUGUCGUCAAGUGAAAAUACAACGUGUCUUGUCGAAGAGAUUAAAAUAGUUCCAAAUGGAGAUCAUAAACCUGUGAAGGAAAUGAGAAUCUCAACUGAUGAAAUGGCAAUCUAUAUAUCAACACAACAUAAUGUAAUAAAAGUUCCUGUACAUAGAUGUUCAAGAUUUAAAAAUAGCGAUGUAUGUAUAAAUGCCAAUGACCCAUAUUGUGGAUGGGAUGACAGCAUAGGAGAGUGUACAACAGCGCCCUCUGGACAACCCGAGGUCCAUUACUGGUCACAGAGUAUGGCUGGAUGUCCAUUUAUACCCCAUGCUGUGAAUGGAGGUUGGUCAGAUUGGUCAAAAUGGGAGAAUUGUUCCCAGGUUGGUGGUGAUGGAACAACUGGUGAUUGUAAAUGUAGGUCAAGGUCAUGUGAUAAUCCAAAACCUUACUAUGGUGGUCAGCCAUGUAACGGGGCCAGUGUAGAGGUCACAAACUGUACAGCACAUGGUCAGUGGACUGACUGGACAUCCUGGUCAGCAUGUACUCAAACUUGUGGUUCCACGGCAACCAGAUCUAGGCAUCGUUACUGUAGUAACCCACCACCUAGAUUUGGUGGACGACCUUGUGUGGGAACAAGUUUUGAAGAUGAUUACUGUCAAGGUCACCCGCCAUGUCCAUUGCCACCUGUGAAAGGUAAUUGGACGUCAUGGGCCGAGUGGUCCGAGUGUUCGGCUAAUUGUAAUGGCGGAAUACAAAGACGAAGGAGAACUUGUAUAGAACCACAACCUCCUGUAGAGUCUAUACCAUGUGUCGGUAAUACUCAAGAAUGGCGAAUGUGCAAUACUCAACUUUGUGAAAUGUUAAACCAAAUGACUCCAUGGACCCCCUGGGUUGCUACAAACCAUACAAAGGGAGGCUUCUUUGAAGAGAGAUUUAGAUUUAUGUGCAUGGCUAAAGUGCCCAGUCAAACAAUGAUUCAGUCUAAACACAUAAAAACUCAGGCACGAUUUUGUUUCGAUGGUGGACAGUGUUACGGUUCAGGUGAGCUUAAAAGUGAAAUUGACACGCAUUCACCCAUAGAUCGUGUUCUUAGACGUUAUUGCAAACAUAGACGAAGAUUGUUUAGAGGGUAUUGUAAAUGUAGAACGCUUGGGAUAUUUUUAGUUUGUCAGAAAUGUGGGUAUGGAUGAAAAUAGGAACAUGUGGAUAACUGUAGGAUAAAAAACAUUCAAGAUGUAGGGAAAAUUUUCGCAUUAAAAUAAGAUGUGAUAUUAUUGUGUUUUUUUUUAGAGAGAAAACUUUUUUGUAUAAAACAUUGUGCUAUAUAUAAGUGUGAAAUGACUCCUGUUGGUUAUAGUGACAUGAAAAUGUCACCACUGAGUCAUGUUAUUUUUAGUAUUAGACAAAAAUAUAAAAAAAAAAAACUAUGAAAAAAGGAUUGGAAAAAAAAAAUCGACUAGUAAUGAAGACUUUGUGAAUUUUAAUACAUAAAAACAUAUGAGCAUAAUAAAUGACUGUACGGAUCUGACACAGUCGUGCACGUGAAUAUCGUGCCAAGUAGUCAAGAGAAUUUGUGUGUCCGAUGCAGCUUGAACCACGAUAUGCCAUUCCUGUCAGAAAGAUGGACUAGUGCCAGUACAAUUUCUUUUUAAUCCAUGUCUCAGUCACAUGUCAUUUCAUCUCAUACAUAUCCACGCUAGACUGUAGCUUAUAGAUCAUGUCACCUUGUUGCUAUGGUUACAUAAUUCACUGAUACUUUUCUUGCUGAAUACUUCCGCUCUAAAUUGCAAAUGUAACCCUUUUAUGAUAUUUAAUGUUAUUUAUCGACUUUUGCAAACAUCUCUGCUUUAUUCCUUGGCAAGUAUGUCUAUACCUUGUAAAUCAAACAGCACAUCGGAAACCUUUUGAUGUAGCAUGGAUUAAACACUGCAUGAAAACCAUAUACCUUUUUUUAAACAUUCUGUACUUUCUUUUAUCUCUCAAAAAAAGAUUUUUUUUUUAUUUUAAAAAAGAAGGAUUAUUUCUAUAAAUCCAACCUUAAAUUGUAAAAAAGACAGCAUCCCAACAUUGUGACUUAUAAGUAAUCAAAUAUGUCAGUAUUUUAUUGAUUAAACUGUAGGGUAAAGCAGAGAUUAAGUAUUAAAGAUGACUAACAUUUGCUUGAGGCAACACAUUUUUGAGAAACAAAAUAUUGAGAGUAAUGUGAUAUUGAUAAAAGAUAGGGUAAAGGUGACAGUUGUUGUAUAAGCUACAUGAUUCCUUACAUUUGUUUCAGUUUUUCAUUUUCCAUUAUUUUUGUGUUCAUUUUUUUUCUAUUUUAUGUUGGAAUGAGUCACUUAUAGAUAUGUAUAUCUGUAACAAAGCCAAACACCUAAUUGUACUUUUGACUUUUGUAAGUACAUUUUGUGAUCUUGUAAACUAUAUAAUUGUUUGUGAUUCAGAUAUGAGCACACAGACACAUGCACACACACUCUCUUUUGUUGUAGUACUUUUAUAUAUUUUAAUUUUUGUUUAAUAAAAGAUAUAUAUUUGGGUAUAUAAGGACUAAAUUCUAUAAAAAACAAAUUGAAAACCAGUCGGCUUUUCCAAGAUUCAGUCAGCUUUUCUCUGUACAUUGGCAAAAUUUAUUAUCCAUGCAACCAAUAACAUCGCUGCAUUUGUGGACUGGUAUUCAAAUUAUUUUUAUUGAACUUAGACACAGCUCUCAGAUAUGUUUUUACACCUAAGUCAUUUUGACUUAGUUGAAAAAGUAUUCUGAGAAAUGAUCAAUCAUUUGGAGGUUAUAUUUACUCUCUGUGUACCCAAAACAAAGCAUGGUCUUGUGUGCAUUUUUACUAGAUACUAAUUUGUUAAUAUAUAAAUAAUUAUUUUACUUUGAUUGUUUUUACAUCAAAGGUAUUUUGAUUAAUGAUGAAUGAAUUCUAUUUACCAUUUAACGUGCUGAGUUUCUUUAUUUGGUAAUUUUGAGAAUAUAAAGUUGAAAAAAUAAAAAGUUUUAAGGAAGUGAACCAUCAAGUACUGGCUGGUUUGCUCAAUAGGUUGAACACUGGACUGUUAAUUGGGCGACCUUGGUUGGAUUCCCAGACAAUCUAGGUCAAUUUCAUUGUGAUUGAUAAUGAAAUCCCCUCUACUGUCAUUUGCGCUUAACGUCUGCUCUGGCAUUUACAGAAAUAAAUAGAAGUUCCUUGGGAAAGUGAGGCAUCUAGUACUGGUAAACAGCUUGACAGCCUGCCCAGGAAUGAUGCAGUGGCUGAACUGUGCUUUGGUGAAUUUUUAAAGUGGCUUACUUCCAUGAACCGGAGUGUAAACUACAAAAACCAGCACCUAGUUAGCCAACUAUAUAGAGCCUGGUCAGACUGCACUGAUAUGUACAAUGACCUGGCUUUGUACUGGUGGUAAAGUCACUUUCAUGGUUGCACCAGGAUGAAGGCUAACAAUAAAUAUAAAAUCUAAUAGAACAUAAAAUGUUAAGUACAUGUAGUAAAAUUCUUUGCACUUCAAACCAUUUAUGAUAUUCUUAGUCUGAAAAUAACACAAUUGAAAUAGUAUAAAUGACUGCUGUUAUUAAUUCAAGCUAUGGUGUAACAUUUCACAUGCUGAUUUGAAGGAAUUAUACAUUUAUAAAUUUUAAUGGACCUCAAAGUAAUGCUUUGACAGAUAGGCAAGAUUUCACAUGUUCAUGACUUAGGUCACUUUUUAAGGUCACAUGACUAAUAAGGUCCUUAGCAGGUCCUUUUUAUGUUUGUAUUGAAUUCUGAUUUAUGUCACCAGGUUUAAUUCUAUUCUAAUCUUUUAUAUAAAUAGCUUAAUUUACAUUUAUGAAGCUAUCUUUGAUUGUUUUUUAUUGUAUUUUAUAUACGACAAAUAUUUUGAGUGUAGUAGGACAAAUAAAUUUAGUCUACUGGAUAUAACAAGAUUUCUUUUUUGUGUUUAAUUAUAUGUGCAAUAUAUAUAUAUAUAGGAUUAAGUGUGAUGUUGUUAUGUGUAUAUGCCUUGAUGAUAUUAUUGUUAUAUAAUAAGGUCAGUAUAUCUGCUGUAAGUUGAACAUAUUUGUUGUAGUCCUAAAGGGACAUUAUAUGUAUGGUUAAACUAAAGCAGCUUGUCCCAAAGUUAACCAAAACUUCAAUAGUGAAUAGCAAAUAACAAUAUUAUAAUGUUGAAACAUGUUAAGAUAAAAAAAAUGGGUGUUCAUGUCUGAAAUAAAAAGAAAUACAUUCAUAAAUCACUUGAGAUUGUGCAAGUUUUUCUUCUUAUUACAUAUAUUAAAUAAAUGGCUUCUAAGCAUAUCAUAGUCAUGAUAGUGUGCCUCUUAAAUAUGUUUGUUAUUAAAUAUAGCUCAAAUUCUCUAUUAUUUAAAACACCAGACUAACUUUGGGACAUAAUGCUUUAAUCAACUUUGUUUACAAUGUAAACAGUCUACACUAAGUGAACCUGUUUACAAUGUAAACAAUCUACACUAAGUGAACCUGUUUACAAUGUAUCAGUCUACACUAAGUGUACCUGUUUACAAUGUAUGUCUGAAAGAGGUGGAAUCUUUUUUAACUAUACCAGAACAUAAACUGACUUAUUUUAAUCCUAACAACAGUUGCUAGACUUAUAGUUGGUCUAUGUUGUUUUAUAAAUAUAUGAUGAAGAAAUGUCUGGGCUAUGUUUUGUCAUUGAAUUGUCAUUAUGAGCAAAAUAAUCCCUCUAGAUCACACACAAUUUCUGCCUCUUUAGACCUUGUCAUUUAUACAACUUGUUAUAGGGGUCUUACCAAAUCAUUUACUACUUGUAAGUCAGGUAAAUUGUAAGUCAAGUAUAAAAAUACCUGCAUUAAUUAAUGUUGAAUCAUAUUAGAUAUUGACAAACUGGUUCUUUACUGUAUCACAAACCAUCUUUCCAUCUUUGUUAACCAAAUUUUAUAAACCAAAUUUCAGCUGAUAUUUUUUUCUUUGUUUAUUUCAUUUUAUACUAUGUCUAUUCUUUUAGAUAAAAAUUCUUGUGUAUAUAGUGUGUAUUUAUUUAAAACCCUCUAUUUUUUGUAAAGUAUGAACAAUGAAUAAAAUACAGUAUCACUGAA